AUGAAGACCUUCACUUGGACCUUGGCAGUUCAUUUUCGGAUAUUAAUUGUUGGGUUAUGGAGUGCUACUGGUAGUGACCGUGCAUUCGGUGGUCAUGCAGACUUCAUACGGCGCUUCCUCGGAGAUGUCACAUUGACAAAAAGACAGUCUUUGCCACAAGAACAGUCAAUGCAAGGCAUAAAAACAAUUGUUGCAUACCACAAGAUAAAGCAACCAUUUUACAACCCUGGACAAGAUAACUACCGCUUUGGAAAAGAUUGCAAACCAGAGCUGCUCAUUAAUGAAGGGCAACCCUUUAGAGCCUAUAAGCGCUUUAUCCAAGAUUCAUGUAUCGGAAUUAGCAACCGAAAUUGGGGUGCUCGGUUAGAGCUUCGCAUGUCUACUGCAAGUGCAUUAGUAAAUAUUGAUGCAGUGCAUCAUUGUGUCUGGGAAUGCCGCCAAUAUCUACAUUGGGAAACAUCUAAUGACAUUGCUUCCUACUGGAGCAUGUAUAUAGAUGCUAUUGAGUAUGCAAUCAAUAGUCUUUAG